AUGGACGCCGCGGGAGUGUUCAAGAUGCACAAAAGGACGAUCGCGUCGCGGGAAGACGCGCGCGAGGGCGAAGAGACGAGGGAAAACGCGACGGCGGCGACGCGAACGGGCGAUGAUGAUCAAAAGACACCUGUCGAGACCGAGACGACGAGAGACGCGACGACGACGAACGGACGCGCGGUGAGACCGAGCGACGACGGGGUCGAGGAUGAUGAGGAUGCGGAUUACGACGCGAGCUCGAUCGACGAGGAGGACGAAGACGAGGAGGAGGACGAUGACGAUGACUUUCACGCGUCGACGCGAGGACGAAGCGCGAGCGUCGGCGCCGGGGCGAAAAUCGUCGAUGGGAAAGUGGUUGGGGCGAACGCGGAGGCGAGCGGUGGGGAUGAACAGGCGGCGAAACGGGUGAAGGUGACGACAGGAGGGGCGAUUCGGGCGGAUCGGAGCGCGGAUGAUCCGACGCCGGCGUUGCUGGAGGCGUUGCGAGAGUACGUGGCCAAGUGCGGAGGACAGCUUUCGGAUGAUUGGACGUGCACGGCGACGAUGCGGACACAAGGCGCGAGCGCGGGAACGUACGAUGCGCUGUACUGGUCGCCCGAUAAGGAGAGGUAUCGAUCGAGAUUGGAGGUGGUGCGCGCGCUCGGGCUCGCGCCGCAAAAAAUUCUCAAAUCGUCCGCCGCGGCGAAGAAACCCGAACACUUCAAGCCGCUGUCUCGCGAGGAGGCGGUGAAGAAGGCUCGAGAAGCCGAGCAACCGACGGUGCCGAUGGAUUUAGGAGAAAAUUUGGUUGUGGAGAGUUUCGGCCAAGUUCUUGGCGAUAACGAUGAGUUUCACGAUGACGUGCACAUUUGGCCACUUGGUUACAAGACGAUUUGGAAGAACGACUCUGGCGUGACGUUUACGAGUGAAGUCACGAAAGCUUCCGAUAAUGCGCCUGAAUUCGUCGUGUCGACGGAAAAAGACGGUUCUACUGUGAGUGUGUGCUCGGCUUCUCCGCUCGGUGCUUGGCUUGAGAUGUGCGAAACCAUCGGCCCCAUGGUUUCCAUUGGGAUCCACGACCACUUUUCGUUUGAUGAUGUUCGCGUCGUUCGUGCAAUCGAAAGUUUGCCAGGAUCUGACGCGGCUGCCAAGUACCAAUUUGUCGAAGAGCGUGAGGGGUGGUUUGAAGAACGAGUUCGCCGCUCCAAAUCGCGUCUCUGCGAUUCCAAGGAAAUUCUCGCCAAGAUUCGCGAGAUGACGAAGAAGGAAAAGACCGAAAAGUCGGCACAGAGCAGGGUCGAGAAGUCCAUUAGCAAGCUGAUUGAGCGUCUCAUAUCGCGCGUUGACAGCGCUGCGACGCGUGCGAAGCAAAGAGAGGAGCGUUUGGACGCGAAAAGAACGCUCGCGGACAUGAUGAAGCAGCAUCGCGACUCUUUGCGGGAGGCUGCCAAAGCAGAGAAGGAAGCGGCGAAGCAAGCAGCUAAAAUGCAGAAAGAAGCUCAAAGGGAAGCGGAGAAGGUUGUUCGAGAAGCGGCGAAGGCCAAGGCAGCGAUCGAACGCGAAGCGCAAAAGGAGAUAAACAAGGCAAAACGUGCGAAAGAGGCCGAGGAGAAGAAGAAGCGUGAUGCAGAACGCGCCAAAAUGAUGAACGAACUCGAGAACAAACAGAAGGAGUGGCUCGUUGGUAUGAGUGAACGCGAAUCGGAUAGCGCCGAUACGACUUACUCGCCGCCUGUGAUGUCGCCAAACUUGAAGAUCGAACCAGAUUUCAAAGAAAAGUCAGAGUUGGGCGACAUCAUGGAAAUUUGGAUGUUUCUCGAUCGCUUCAAGCGUGAACUCUUUGGAUCCGCCGCCGAUGUGAAAUCACCCCCUACGGUUCAAGCCUUGGCGCGCGUGCUGUCGAAUCCCAAGGAAUCAGAAGAGUUCAUGGCUUCUUUGCACUUGGCUCUCAUCGCUCCGUGCGUGGCUGACGCUGCCGCGUCUGUGGAUAAGUCCAGCGCAAGCGCAUUGCAGCUCCUUCCAGAUGCGCAUUCGCAUAUCUCGGAUACGAAAGGUGUGUGGCAAGAACUUGUGCGUCGAUUUUUGUACGCUGCUUCUGUGAUCCACGAUAUGCCCGCGUACGAGCCGUACUUGAAAGAUGCCCCGCCGAUUCUCCCUGAAGCCGCGGAUGUCUUCACUCGUUACAUGUGUUCAGGUGAUGCUGGCAUCGAUCCGCUUUCAUACGCGGAAGGUGCAGUUUGGCAUGGUCAUGCAGUCGAAAAGUACAGCGCUCGAGUCUCCCCUGCUCUUUGCGCGUUGAGUGACGCCGAAGCUUUGGCGGCAGCCGAGAUUGAGAUGUACGCACUGGGCUCUGGCGUCUCUGAUGACUCCUCUUCGCGCGUCGUUGAGUCUCGUCGACAAAAAGCUAAGAGUGCAGUUGCCGAAGCGAAAUCGUCGCAACACAUUCACGCUGUUCGAUGUGCACUGAGGAACAUGGCGUGCCAGCAUUCGAUGAGCCAAGUGUGCCUUCGCGGUGACGGCGCUGCUGUGAAGGGACAACAUCCAAGAGGCUUGGACAUUCGUCUCCUCGACGCUCGCCUCGGCGCGGGCGUGUACGCUGCAGCGGCGCAUUCGACGAGCAACGCAGACGAGAUGGACGAACUCAUCAAAGCAGACGUACUCGAAGCGGCCACAAACAUGGCCAGUCUCACUAAUGGCAACGGUGCCAAGGCAAAGAAGGAGUUAAUCGCGGCUGUCGAAGGUGCGCUCAAGCAAACCAAGGCGGGAUCCGACGAACUUCCGAAGACCCCUUGGGAUGAAGGCUGCUCCGUGUGCGGAUUAGAUGUCAUGGCCGGAACUGUGCUUUUGUGCGAUUCUUGCGAUGGGGAGUACCACGCAAAGUGCCUCGACCCUCCAUUGCUCGCCGAACCAGAAGGUGAAUGGUUCUGCCCAACUUGCGUGCGCGAGAAGGAAAACAACGAUGCGCCCAAUGUGAGUUGUUGCAAAUCCUUCGAAGGCACUACGUUGCACAAAGCAUCCACGGGCGAGAUGAUUAUCGCACGAGACGCCAUGAUGGAGAAAGUCGACAACGCCGCCGAAGACGCCGUAUACACAGGCGGUUGCCGUGGAGCCUUUGCGCGACGAUUGAGAUCGCUGGCGCGCGAUAUCGACGCUGUCGGCUUUGAUGGUUUGUCUCCUCAGGCUCGCGUCACUUUGUUGCGGACGUUGAUGACGGUAGCGUUAGAUUCUGUCGCGUUGCGAACCUCGAUUGACAACGGAGUGAACUUGGCCAACGAAACCAAGAAGGAUAUCAGACAGCACAUCAAAGCUUGGAGCGAAUAUCGGUUAGAUCGUGAAGAUGGCAAGGGUGAGGCGCGUGACGCUGAGGAAGCGAAAGCAGCCGAGGAGGCGAAAGCGGCCGAGGAAGCCAAGGCUAAGGAUGAAACCCAACCGAUGGAUGUUGAUGAAGCGCAAGCGUCGCCCGCCGAAGAGGUGAAGCCCGAGGAGAAGAAGGAAAAGAAGGCAAAGGCACCCCAGCAAACAAAGCAACAAAAAGUGCCGACGGAAGAAGAACUCGCGCAAGCUCGCGUGCGAUGGCAAAGCAAGUGGCACGAAGUCGAAGUGCCCCAGCUGCAAACCGCACCGCGACGGGAGCCUUUGGGCUCGGAUCGUCAUAGACAAAAAUACUGGGCAUUGGGCAAUUGGGGCGAAGUCAUCGUGCAAGCGGCGAAGGAUAACGAGCAUCAUGACGUCGAGCCGGAGUAUGGAAUUAUGACGUUGAGCGAAACUAAGGUUUUGAUCGACAACAUAAAUCCGAAAGGAAGAAAAGAAGGUGAUCUUUGGCGCUCGUUGCAACGUCGAUACGGCGCGGAUCAAGCAGCCUUGAAGGAUGUCGAUGCAUUGCCUUCUCGGCCUGACGAUGGCGAAUGGGCGACGAGCGGAGUGAGCGAUGAUGUCGAAGGCAUUUCUCGCGUUCGAUCCGCAUUCUUGACCUUGGAAAGCGAAAUUCCCGACGUUGCCUUUAACUCUGUGCUCGGGAGCGAGACGCGCCGAGCGAUGUGGCGAAACCUUGCCGGGUCGGCUCAAACGCUUUCUGCGCUCGCGGCGGCGAUCAUCGUCUUUCAGCGUGCGAUCGAAAGCGAUUGGCUCCAGCCUGGCUGGUUGCCGUGGAGCUGGAUGGCUCCUCUACUUCGCUGCUCGCACAGAUCGAACGAAAAGAGUGAUGCACGUUGCCUUCGUCUCCAUCUCAUAGCGCUUCGCCGAGCUUUCAAAUGGAACAAGGCGACGCGCGCUUCGGACAGGUUGGUCAACGCCGCGCCUGAUUUAGAGCUCCCAAGGUCGUCACGAGCGAGAAAAGCGACCAUUGUAGAAAGCGAUUCGGACGAUGAGUACGAAUCGAUCUUCUCCGACUCUGAUGAAGUCAUGCCUUCGAAGACGACGGCGGAGAAUCGACGAUUUCGACUUUGA